AUGAGUUCCUACAAGAAGAAGAAAAGUUCUUCUCGCAAGGAUUUUGAAGCACCUCUCGUUCAGAGAUCUAGAGAAGAGCGCGAGGAGUCAUCCUAUUCCUGGAUAAAUGAUUGCCUCCCGACCGCCACUUCAACUGCAGGCCUUGGUAGUCACCUCGCGAGCAACACCCAUACCAAGGCAUCGAACAAAUUACCUGAGGAAGUUAGGAGCGUUAUCAGUGACCCAAGUAUUGAUAUCAAGGACGCGGGAACCGGUCACCACGAUAAUCGGAUGACCAAACUUCCUCCAGGUCAGUUCCGUGAGCCGUCUUUGAGACGGGGCUAUGGCAUGCCGUACCAGACACCAAAAGCACUUGAAAGCGUGUCGGCCCAGGGAACGAAACAAGUUGGGCAAUGCGACGCUGGAACUUUAGAAUCGCAGACGCCCCUUUCAAGCAGUCGGCAACUACAACCGCCAACCAAUAAUGAAACUAGCAACAUGUAUGAUCUCAGUCAACGUAAACGUAUACGCAGUGAUCUUCAACCUGCCGGUUACCGCCCCAUUGCUAUGCGCCAUCCCGAGACCCAUGGACAAGAAACCAACAAACAGCAGUCAUCAGACAUAGUGAUUAAUCUAGGUCACAAUAAGGAAGAUGAACAGAAGGCUCUUCUUAGGAGAUGUCUGGAGCUCAAAGACUUAUAUCUUCGUUCCGAUGGCGAAGCCCAACAAGGGAAGGCCUUACGACGAGAGAAGUGGAAACUUGUGAAAGGCUGCGUGGAAAAAUGGUGCGAACCACGCAGAUUCCAACUUGCGAAGGAUGGACCUGCGGCAUCAGGCUCCGAGCUCGUUGCACUGCUUGACCAAUGGAACAAAUUAUAUGCUGCAAAGUUUUGUUCUGAAAACCGAAAUCUCUUGGAGGCAGCAGGAUGGAAAAAGGCUGCUGAGCAAAGUCGAAACAGUUCCCGCUUAGAUGCCCCCCACAACCCUCAGGCCAGCCAUGAGAGCAAUUCCCAGAGCGAGAAAGUAGCAGAAGCAUUGGACUUUGAAGUUUCUAUUUGGCCUACUGUCAAAGAUGAACUGAUGGAGUUCGCAGAGUCGAGGAUUCUCCGUUGGGCUGAAGACAAGCUACGGGAAAGGCUACAGGCACUCGAGUCUCUGACCCGGCCGCCCCUUUUGAAGGCCAACAGCUCUCCGGAGUCGUACCAGCUAUAUUUGAGAUACCUCAUGAAUCGUACAGAGGCUUCUGGAAAGAAUUCUAACGCAAUCCGAAAUACCGAGGCUGUCAUGUCUAUGGUACUGGACCUUCUACCAGGUCUAGAGAAGCGCCUGCGGGAUCAGCUCGGACAUGUGGUCGAUAAGCAAGAAGAUCGUUCCGAAGCUGGUAUUAGGCAUGGCCAGACUAAUGACGCGGAUAAUGACGUGGGCAAUGAUGAUUCUGGAAGUGCUCAUGAGAAUCUUGAAGAAGCUGAUCAUGACAUUGAUCACAAAGUUCAAGAAGCCCAGGAAGAGAUUGAUAAUGAGGACGAAGUCAAGACGAGACUUGAAGAUGGCUCUGAAGAGGAUGAAGGCGAAGACGAAGUUGUCGAUGAUUUCGAGGAGUUAUAUGAAGAUGAAAACGAGGACCAUACCUACAAAGAUCCCGAUGAACCCAACCGGCAGCAUAGAGGGUCGGUCCUCGAGUCCAUUGAGCCUCGUACUCCGAUUGUCACUCCAAGGACAAUGGCUCAACUCCGUCACUACGAGCAGAGGUACCGGGGCAUGAUUAGAGCUGCUAAAGGUCAAAAAGAGACAGCGGCCGCCGUACUUCGUUCUGUGGAUGAAGAAGAACGAGAAGUGGCAUCACGAAAACGAAAAGCAUCAGAUUCCGUGGAGCCUGCUCUUGCUAUCCGAAGCAAGUCGAUGGAGCAGAGGCUCGCUGCGAUGGGCACCCCGACUCCCUUAGGCAGGAAAAGGCAACGACUCAACGAACAUCUGUGUAGUCCAGCGUCGACAGCUUGUUCGUCUGAGCUUCCGUCUCUUGAGGACAUUUUUAGCUCGAGCAUUGGUCGUGCAUCUUCCGCGACAACGCAACCACUUCCCAACUCCUCGAGCCCUGCAGUUCGAGUGAGUAAGAAGAGUAGCACAAGAAAGGACAGGAAUAAAAGCAAGAGUAAAGUAUUCCCUGAACUCGGAGAUACUCCUACCGGCGCUGCUACUGCUCCUAAACUUGAAGAGUUGACAGGAGUGUCACCUGGCCUCUUUGUGACGCCUGAUCCUGUAGCGCAACAGGUCAAUACGCCCUUCGGAUUUAAGAAAAGUGCCUCGUGUCGUCCUAUCCAAGAGGAAAGAUUUCGGGAAGAAACAGCCGAGUUCCAUGCCAUGACGCCUGGUGCUCGGGAAUCCAUGCUCUACACCGCGCUUCGGGAGAUGCGCCGGCGACAAGGUUAG